AUGAAAUUCUUCUCUCCCUUGCUCAUCAGCCUCGGCUGGCUUCAAGUCGUCGCGGCCGGCCGGUUCCCCGUCUCGCCGCCGAUGACCUGCUGCGCUCUCGUUUCCUGCCAAAUUGCUCCCUCCUCGGCAGGGUUCGACGACUGCAGGAACAACCUUGUCAAGACCAAGGUCGAAACGGCCAAGGUGACGUCAACUGUCGAGGUGGCCUCAGUGGUAGAUUGGACGACCACCUCGGUCGCCACUGUUGCCGUUCCUAUCGCUGUCGAUUUGCCGGCCGACACUAUAACCGUAUUGUCCACAGUUUAUAGAACUUUGACGCGGGGAAACCCCGUCUACGUCACCAAGACAGUCACAGCCGUGCGCGGCAGAAGUCCCCGCGACGAGCCGCCGCCAACGCCCCUGCCAGCGCUGGUGCAAGCUCGAGGGGUCAACCCAUCCGCCGUCCCCGCGUAUGCGGAACCUUCGUGUAACUCGUGGGAAAAAUAUACCGCAGCCUGCAAGUGUCUUGGUAUCCAGCCUGGUCUCUUCACCUCGACGCAGGCGGAAACGGAGUUCGAAUAUGUUAAUGUGCCAUCGACCAACACGGUGGUAGAGCACUCGACGGUAACGAUGGAAGUCCAAGUGUUUGCCAGUGUCGCACCGGUUACCACGACAAUGACCACUUAUGUCCAAGUUACAGUGCGCCCGACUAUUACAAGGACUCAUACCGUCCAGUCUAACCCUGGUAAAGCUAUCAUUGGCGCUGCGAAGUAUAAGUGUCUCAAGAGCCGACAAGGGGUGGAGAUGCUACUAUGUCUCUCGCGAACGGUAUAG